ACAGACACGAACGUAAAGGAAACGUGUAUGUGAAAUAGAGAUCAAUACAAAUAUAAAGUUUCCUACAUCCCUCUACUCUUCAUCCUUCGCGUGAGGAGUGGCUGUUUACUCCAUGCAGCGAGUUCACGUUUUCGGAAACGAACAAUUCAGCAGAUGAGAAAGAGCGAUCUCGAUGGACUUUCAAAGCGUGAAUCCCCUCAAUGUUCGAUUGAACAAAGUGUCAGGCAACCUGUUACCGAUGACCGACGGGUCGUCGUUUCCUAUAUACUGGCAGAUAUACAGCAUUGUGAUAUGGCUGCUGGAGAUCACUCAAAUAAGUAUAUUAAUCCCAGGCUGCUUCCUCGUGCCGACGGAGAACGCUUUAAAGGACGGCAUGAUCGGCGUCGCGAUCACAUUUGAGGUGUUCUUCGUAGUCAUGCGACUACACACGUGCAGGGGACUGAUACAACGCUUAAUCGAGAAGCUGAACAGUAUCAUGCUCUUGGAUGACGAGCUGAUGCGGAGUACCGUGAGAACGACACUCAAGUCGAUGGAUAUUCCUCUCAAGUUCUGUUGGUCAGCCGGCGUAGUGUCUGUAAUCUUGUGGUGCAGCCCGCCGUAUGUGUUGAUCUUUCAGAAGGAUCGCUUCUUCUACUUAGAUUACAAGAUGCCGGUUGCUUUCGGCACAGAGCCGUUCUCCACCGCGGUCUUCGUGGUGGGAAGCCUCAUCGUGUCGACCAGCAGCGCGUACAUUUUCACGAAGAAGAUCGCCGCGGACACUUAUAUGAUACAUUUGAUACUACUGGUGACAGCGCAGUAUCGAUAUAUCGCGUUGAAGCUAUCGUUGAUAAUAAAAGACGGAUGCUGUCCAAGAAAUAAUCUCAAUACUCCUGUCGGGAAAGAAUGUUAUCUUGAGGCGGACCGACGCACGAAAAAGCAGAUCAAAGCGUUGUGUCAACAUCACAACGCUAUGCUUUACGUGAUGCUUAUGUUGAAAGAGCUGCUAUCGCUGAACUUCAGUUUAAUAUACGUGAACAACGUUUUCCGCUUUUGCGCUAUUGCUUUCAUGAUAUUAGUAGUAUCAUCUACGGGUUUCGUGGAAGGCUCCGCGGUGAUCUUGUACGCCUGCGGUGGAAUGGUUCAACUCUACUUAUUGUGUUAUUGCGUACAACAACUAUUAGAUGCGGGUGUCGAAAUAACAGAUAAUGCCUUUCACGAAAAGUGGUACGAACACGGGACGUUCUUAAGACGUACAUUUAUAAUGAUGAUAAUGGCUAAUAAUUUGGAGUGUAAACUGUCGCGAUUUGAAAAAUUUAAUCUGUCUUUGUCCUCGUUUAUGGCGAUCCUAAACCAAUCAUAUUCAAUAGCUCUUCUGCUUCUAAGAACUACAUAAAUAAUAAGAAGUGCGUGAAAGUGUUGCGCACAUUUCUUAUACGUACGAACAAUAGUAG